CCAAAACCCAUCCCUAUAUUCGGAAACCUUUUGAGUUUAUCCCUAAAGCCUCGGCCAUUACUGGAGUUGGAGUGGUAUAAGAAAUACGGCAAAAUUUAUGGAUUAUACUAUUCAGCAAAGCCUAGGCUAACAGUGGCCGACCCGGCGCUCAUCAAACAAAUUCUGGUUAAAGAUUUCAAUGCGUUUCGUAACCGAUCCUUAUCUCCCGGGCAGGACGGCCUCAAUAUGUUCAGAGCCAGGGAUAACAGCUGGAAGCGGGUCCGGGCGAUAGUCAGCCCUACCUUCACGUCCGGAAAGAUGCGCAAAAUGUAUGCUCUGAUCAACCAUUGCUACGAAGACUUUCUCAAUACCUUAGAUAACAAUGUGUCGAAUGGUGUGAAUGAAGUCGAGUUGAAGCAACUGAUGGGCGCCUACACUAUGGAUGUGAUCGCCAGCUGUGCCUUCGCUACGAAACUCAAUUCAUACGCCGAUCCUAACAACCCGUUCCUUACCAAUGCCUUUAAUUUCAUCAAUGCUUCCAACAGGACGGGCCGAUUGCCUUUGCCAUCAUUUAUAGUUAACACUAAUAUAUACCGACGUGUCGUUAGCACC